UGUCGCGAUCGGUGUUUCCGGAGGACGCGAAGUGCGUCGGACCGCCCAAAGUAGGUGGUGGAGGACGAGCGAAAGGAAGCUGGGGAUGGCUUCUGUUUGGUUUUCCCGUGGACUAUGGCGGGACUGUGGCAAAAGGCUAAUUUCCACUGCAUCUACUCCUCAACUUUCAACAGCAGAAAUUGCUCAAAGGCGCAAUCAUCUGUUCACAAAAGAGAAAGAAAGACAACUGUCUCUUAACCCACGGAUUGAGAAAAUUGAAGUAAAACAUGUGGGUAAAUCACAUCCCGGCACCUUAUUUAUAAUGAACAAAGGGCUUUCCACUCCAUACAGUUGUGCUAUGCAUUUAAGUGAAUGGUAUACUAAGAGAUCUGUGCUUGCCCUUGUAGAUGGGCAGCUCUGGGAUAUGUAUAGACCUUUGACUCAUUCUUGUGAAAUUCAGUUUCUUACUUUCAAAGAUGAAGAUGCAGAAGAAGUGAACAAAGCUUAUUGGCGCUCUUGUGCUAUGAUUCUGGGCUGUGUUUUAGAACAAGCAUUUAAAGAUGAAUAUUCAGUUACUCUUGUUAAAGCUCCAGAAGUACCAGUGACAUCUGGAGCGUUUUGCUAUGAUGUAAUCUUGGAUAGCAAACUCGAUGCAUGGAUGCCAGCUGAGGAAAGUCUCCGUUCUCUUUCAAAAGAUGCUUUCAGAUUAAUUCAGAAAGAUUUGCCAUUUGAAGUGCUGGAUGUCGAUGCUAAAGUGGCGCUUGAAAUAUUUGAGUAUAACAAGUUCAAACAGGAUAUGGUUGAAGAACGAGCUUCUCAAAAUUCCAAAGGAGUAGUUACAGUGCACAGAUUUGGUGAUUUUGUAGACAUUAGUGAAGGACCUCAUAUUUCAAGAACUAGCUUGUGUGAUCAAUAUGAAGUGACAGCAGCCCAUAAUCUUCAAAGCAGCCAGUCUGAAUUAAGAAGAAGAUUCCAAGGUAUCUCUGUACCUCAUCAUUUAAAGCUUUAUCAUACUAUAUGGCACAGAUUGCGGAAAAGAUCACAAAAUUUAAUCAGUGAAGGAAGACCAAAAGAAACAAAUGAUGGAAAUGAAAUUACAAACGUUGAACUUGCCUGACUCAUUCUAAUCUGUAUGCGUGGAAAUACUGAAUGAAUUAAAUUGAGAUUGUUUUAAAGUACAAUUCAUUAUUCAGAUCAAUUCCUUGAAAAAUUCUUUGAGAGAAGGUUUUCAGAGGUUCAUAAAACAUCACCCUUGCUCUACCAGAUUAGAAUUUAGAUGUAAAGGCAAUAAAAAAAGAUUGCAUAUCUAUGGGUGUUUUACAGUAUUUGCAAGUAUUCAAAGCCUGUUGCAAAUUGAGAGAUCAGAUACUGAUCCUGGCAGAUGCUGGAUUUUCCUCUCAGCUUUAAUACCUCUACAAUCCACAGAAUGAAUAUGAGCAAUAAGCCUGCACACAUCAUCCAGUUCAGCUUGAAUGGAAGAUUCAAAGGGUAUGGUUGAAUUGGUGUUGCAGUUUGAUAUUUGGAGCCAAAUUGAUUUGAACUACUUAAACAAUUGGGAUUCAGAUUAGAAAAAAAAAGUCCAUGGGGCUAGAAGAGCAAAGCACUGAAAUACCCACAGAUGUUUAUUAUGGAAUGAGAUGAAAACAGUAGCUUCAGUAGACUUUUUAACCCUGUCAUGCUUCAACUGGAUGUUACAAAAUAUUUUUGAAAUAAUAUUCUUGACCCUCUUUGAAGGCAAAGGGAGACUUGUGUUUACUGAACCAAUGCAGCAAGUAACCUACUCCAGUUUUAAAAUAAAGACAUUCGGAAAAUAUUUUAUGACAAAUGCUUGUUUUCUGAGUGCGAAGCCUGGCCCAGAGCACUAAAAAUGCUUUUCUGAUUCUCUGGAUUUGCAGAGUGAUAGGAAAAUAGAUAUAUCAGGAUGACUUUCUUUCUCCUUUCUGAGAAGAACCCUUUCCUCCCUAUUGAGGGUCUCUUGUGUCUUUGGCAACAGUUAGCAGAGGCAAUAGAUAUAGGCUAAGUCAGAGAGAUACAAUUUUAUAGAGGUAGCCAUUUGAGAAAGAAAGAGGCUAGCACAGAAAAAAAUUUAAUAAGAUUAUAACCUUUAUUUUUAAAAAAAACAAUAAAUAUUUGGAUGUUUGUAUUACCAUGGUCCCUUUUUAAUUCUUACAAAAAAUUAAAUUUGUCCAAAUGACACUGAAUGUAAGCAUUAGCUUU